UGCACCGAGGCGGCAUUUUUCUUUGCGUUUCCUCGUCGCAUCUGCCUCCCUUCCCGCUCACCCUUCCCAACAGCAAUCGGCCGGCCAGCACCCCAGACAACCCUGCACCGAAUGGCGGCCGCUACAGUCGAACAGGUUCUCCAGGCCCUGCACGCCUUCUUCUUCCCCGACGGCGACGAUGCCAAGCUCAAAGAGGCCAGCCGCUGGCUCGAAGACUUCCAGAAGACGUCGGCGGCGUGGACCAUCGCCGAUCAGCUAAUCAGAUCAGAGACCGUUGGUCCUGAGCCCCGGAUCUUUGCCGCGCAGACCUUUCGCCAGAAGGUCAUGUAUGACCUGAUCGAUCUGGAUGCCAGCUCGCGGAUGUCGCUGAGAGACUCGCUGGUCAACCUUCUGCCCCAAUUCUCGAGCGGGCCAAAAAGCAUCAAGACCCAACUCUGCCUGGCCCUCGCCGACCUCGCUAUCCAGACCUCGAGCUGGGAAGAUCCCGUCAACCAGAUGAUUGUGCUCCUCGGCAAAGACCCCAAGACAGUCGGGAUCCUGCUCGAGUUUUUGAGGAUCCUGCCUGAGGAAACGAACGGGAACCAGAGGAUUCCAAUCGAUAAAACCGAUCUGGAGGCGCGCGCGGACCAGAUUCUGCGAAAGAACUCACAGCAAGUUCUCCAGAUGAUCAUCACGUACCUGGUUGCCCCAGGAGUAACGACCGAGAUCCAAAUCGACUGCUUCGACGUUCUGUGGUCGUGGCUUCGGUUUGGCGACAUCCAGGUCGCGCUUCUGGCCGAAACGCCGAUAAUCAAUAUGUGCUUCGAUGCUCUCAAGUCGGACGAUCUGUUCGAGGUGGCCGUGGACUGCUCGACGGAGAUCAUUCGCCAGGCGGGCCAGCAAAAGAACGCCACGAUCAUCAACAUGAUCUAUCCCCGGCUACUCCCUCUCCAAGGGUUUCUGCGCGAGAGCCUCGACGAUGGCGAGAUUGUCCGCGGCAUUUGCCGGAUCUUCACCGAGGCUGGCGAGUCCUUCGUCGACUUGGUCCUCGACAACUUUGAAGCCUUCCAGGGGAUCGUCGAAGGCUUGCUACAGUGCGCAAACUACGAUGACCUCGAUAUCGUCAAGAUCACCUUCAACUUUUGGUUCAUGGUGGCCGAUGGGCUCGAAAGCCGUCCAGAGAAGGCUCCUCUGUUCUUGAACGUCUAUCGUCAGCUGAUCGACAUCAUCAUCAAGCAUCUCCGGUACCCGGAAGACAUGUCCAGUGUCACGGGCGAAGAGAAGGACCAGUUCCGAGACUUCCGCCACUACAUGGGCGAUGUGUUGAAGGACUGUGUCUCGGUCGUCGGGCAGGAAGAAGCUCUGGGCCGCGCCUGCCUCAAGAUCCAGGAGACGCUGUCGACUCCGGCCAACCUGGUGAAAUGGCAGGAUGUGGAGGCGCCGCUGUUUUCGCUGCGUGCCAUGGGCCGGAAAAUCAGCAACGACGAGUCCCGAGUGCUGCCGCAGAUCAUGGGUCUCUUGCAGAAUCUGCCGGACCAUCCCAAGAUCCAAUACGCAGCCAUCCUCGUCAUUGGACGAUACGCCGGCUGGACACGCAUGCACCCCGAGUACAUCAAUUAUCAGAUCUCGUUCAUCUCCAAGGGCUUUGAGAAUCCCGCGGACGAAGACACCACUGCCGCUGCCGCGCUGGCCAUGAAGUAUCUCUGUGAAGAAUGUGGACCGCUUCUGGUCAACUUUUUGCCUCAACUCCACCCCUUCUACGUGAAGGUGAUCGACGUCUUGCACCGUGAAGAUCGACGAGAGCUCACCGAAGCCAUCGCAUAUAUUGUCAACUCUGUGCCGAUUGAGGAGAUGCUCAAGGCUCUGCAAGCCUUCUGUCUCCCUCUUGCUCAGCAGCUUCACGAAAUCGCAAUCAAAGGCAAACCUGCCGACCAUCAGCACGAGGUCGAUGCUGUGAACAAGGCUAUUGAGAUCCUUGAUCAAGUUGCCAUCUUCAUCAAGUGCGUGCGUCCCAAGACUAUUCCCACUGGCACCAACCCUCCAAACGUACAGUUUAUCCACGACAUGUGGCCCAUCUUUGAGCUGCUGCUGAGCAACUUUGCCGACAGCACACUUGGCGAUGCGAUCGCCAGAUGCUUCCGAUACAGCAUCGAGUCCUGCCGGGGUGGACUCACGAGCCUGCUCCCGCAAAUGCUCGCCAAGAUCAACGCUGCCUUCGAGCAGACCGGCCGUCCGUGCUACCUGUGGAGUGUCCUGCAGUUUGUCAAGGAGUACGCCAGCGACACGACUGACAACGGCAAGCUUGUGUUUUCGGCUGUGGAGCACAUGACGGGCUUGAUGCUUCGCCUGAUCCAGAGCACCAAGCAGCAGGAUAUGAAUCCCGAUGCUAUCCAGGAUUUCUUCAUUCUCAUCACCCGCACGCUGGAGCGAUCACCAGUCCUUGCAACCCAGUCCGCUAUCCAGCCCGCGAUCUUCCAGUGUGGGCUAUCCUUCCUCAGCAUGGAGGAGCCUGACUGUCUGCAGAAGGUCCUGGCGUACUUUUAUGAGCUCUUCAAGGCCUCGACGUCGUCGUCGCCCAUUGUGGUCGAACGUAUCCAGCAAAUCGGCCGUGAACAGGGACUGCCACUGGUCGGAAUGCUGUUCGAGGGGCUCUUUUUCCAUUUCCCGCGGGAGCGGUUCAUUGUGGCAGAGAUUGGCCCGAUCCUCAAGUUCAUUUACCAGAUGAUGCCCGAACAAACUGUGGCAUUCAUCUCCAACCUCAUAGGGCAGCUGCCUGACCCCCAACUCUCUCUCCAAGACCGCCAGGCGUUCGUGAAGAAGGUCGAGAUCGCACUUGGCGAGCGCGAUCCCCGCAAGCUUUCCAGCGUCCUGAAUGACUUUUCGGCCCAGUAUCGGCGCCGAAACCUGGUCCACAACCGAGCCAGUCAACGCACCGAGUCCGUAUGAGAGACAUAUCUGCGAUAGCGAUGGCAAUUGUGCUGAGUUGGCGGCGAGUUGGUUGUAAUCAACGGGAGUGCAAUAGCGAGGCUGGACUGAUCGGCAUUUGUUGCGGGGGUUGAUUCCAACUCGAUUGAAGCCUGUGCGAGGGAUAUAAUCUCAGAGGAUGCCCGGCGCCCUGAGAAAUGUACCGCAGCAUGCAGAAUACACAACACAACCCGAAA